AGAGUUGAAGGAAGAGCCAUGGUCAUCCACUGGCUUCUCUUGAAAGUUGUGGUGCUUGGGGCUGUAUUGGGUCCAUACCACAAUCCUUUAAUAGCAGAAGCUGCUGAUUACCCAAUCACGAAGCGCGGAUGCCAGAGCACUUGUGGAAACCUCUCGAUUCCAUACCCCUUCGGAUCGAGGGAUAGCGAUCCCGGCUGCCGCCACGGUCCUUCCUCAUUCACAGUCGAUUGCGACAACUCUACCGGCCAUCCGACGCCUUAUCUCGAUAACAGAGAUAGUAACUUGCAAAUACUCGACAUCUCUCUCGAGCAUCACGAGAUGCGAGUAGCCGUGAACAUCAGUCGAGACUGCUAUAACUCUGCUGGGCACAACGAGAAUUCAUGGUCCUUUAUCGAUGUCACCCUUGGUGAUUUCCCCAUAUCCAGCACCGAGAACAAGUUCUUUGCUGUCGGUUGCGAUACGAAGGCGUACUUCUUGGACAGCAAUGGGGAUUUUGCCUUUGGAUGUAUGUCGGCAUGCAAUGAGAUUGCCGAGGUGACUAAUGGCCCGUGCUCGGGUAUCGGUUGCUGCGAGACGAGCAUACCUAGAAACUCAUUCGGCUACAAUAUCUCCAUUUUUAGCUUUAAAAACCAUACAGAUGUCCUGAGUUUCAACAAUUGCAGCUACGCUUUCGUCGCAGAGAUCGGUUUCUACAACUUCAGUUCUGGUGAUCUUUCGCGACUUGAACUCGACCAGGCGCCCCUAGUUCUUGACUGGGCAGUAGGGGAUAAAAAUUGCUCCAUCUCCAAGAAGAGCGGGGACUACAUGUGCACUAAUAACACCCGUUGUACCGAUGCUGAAAAUGGAUCGGGGUACAAGUGCGCUUGUUUAGAAGGUUUCCAUGGCAAUCCGUAUCUCGAGAAUGGUUGUCAAGAUAUUGAUGAAUGUGCUGAUCCAAAUAAGAACCAGUGCGAUGAAGUCAAUGGACAGUGCACUAACGUUGUUGGGAAUUAUACUUGUUCAUGCCGAAAGGGUUAUCAUGGUGAUGGCUGGAAGGAUAGGCAAGGAUGCACUGCUAAUGCAUCACAUUUGGUGCGGAUACUUGUCGGUGCUGGCGUAAGCACAAUAGUGCUGCUACUAUUCAGCGCAGGCUUUUUGUAUCUGGGAAUCCAAAAGAGGAAACUCAUCAGGCUCAAAGAACAGUACUUCAAGCAAAACGGUGGCUUGCUCUUGCAGCAACAAUUGCAUGAACGGGACAGGACCACCAACACCAUGAAAAUCUUCACAGCCGAAGAGCUAGAGAAGGCCACGAACAAUUACAACGAGAGCAGAAUAGUCGGCCGAGGUGGAUACGGUACCGUUUACAAAGGGUUGUUGCCAAAUGACACGGUUGUCGCGAUCAAGAAGUCCAAACUCGUGGACAAGACCCAAAUCGGGCGGUUCGUCAAUGAAGUCAUAGUGCUCUCUCGGAUUAAUCACCGUAACGUGGUCAAGCUUUUGGGAUGUUGUUUGGAGACCGAAGUGCCUUUGUUAGUGUACGAGUUCGUGAGCAAUGGAACUCUGUUCGACCACGUCCACAACCCCGACAAGUCCGCCAAGAUGUCCUGGGAUGCCCGAUUGAGAAUUGCUUCGGAUACUGCCGGUGUCCUUUCGUACUUGCACUCUGCGGCUUCUAUUCCCAUAAUCCAUUGCGACGUCAAGUCACCGAACAUCCUACUGGACCACAAUUACACCGCGAAAGUUUCCGACUUCGGAGCUUCAAGAUUAGUCCCACUUGAUCAAGCCGAAUUGUCCACUCUAGUUCAGGGGACGCGGGGAUACUUGGACCCCGAAUGCUUGCACACAAAUCAAUUGACUGAAAAGAGCGAUGUUUAUAGCUUCGGGGUUGUGCUAGCGGAGCUGAUAACUGGGAAGAGGGUGCUUUCUUUUGACCGACCCGAGAAAGAGCGGAGCCUAGCAAUGCAUUUUCUUUCAGCAUUGAAAGACAAUCGAUUGUUCCAAAUUGUUGACGGAGUGAUUGCAAAUGAAGGGAACAACGAGCAAGUGAGGGAAGUUGCCAAUGUCGCAAAGAGAUGCUUGGCAGUGAAAGGCGAGGAGAGGCCGACCAUGAAGGAAGUGGCGAUUGAGCUAGAGGGACUCAAAGAGAAACCUAAUCAUCCAUGGAUGAGUAGUGUUGAUUUGCAUGAAGAAGAGGCGCUUCAUCUGCUGGGAGAGAAGACCCACCCCACUGUGUACAUGGAUGGUAUUGAGACCAUGAACACUGGACCCUCGGAUAGCAUGAAAAACGUUGUCAUGACACCGGUUAACAGUGGCAGAUGAGAUGAGAACAACCACACGAUGUUCCUUCUUCAUCAAGAGAUUCUUAGGCGUGUAAGAAAACUCUUGAUUACUGUUAUAAAAUAGAUGCCACUAGUACUAGGGGAGUUCCGUUUUAGCCGCUGUCGUUGAGUCUUUGUCUGUACUUUGGAUCCAGUGUUCCUUUGCAUUUGUAAUGAAAGUCAUUGCUGUGAUUCAUAAGUGGAAAUAGUAUGA